AUGUUGGACCCCAACACGCUGGAUGUCCCCGCCGUGAUCUUCGACAACGGCUCGGGGCUGUGCAAGGCCGGCAUCGCCGGGGACAGUGCCCCGCGCUCCGUUAUCACGGCCAUCGUUGGGCGCUCGAGAGCCAAGGCUACGAUGCUGGGAGCCGGGCAGAAGGAGUACUACAUUGGGGAGGAAGCUCAGUCCAAAAGAGGGGUCCUCUCCUUGAAUUAUCCCAUUGACCACGGCAUAGUGACCUGCUGGGACGACAUGGAAAGGAUCUGGAGACACGUGUACGAGUGCGAGCUGAGAAUCAAAGCAAGCGAAAGGCCAGUGCUGCUCACUGAGGCCCCGCUCAAUCCUCUGCAGAACCGGGAGAAAAUGACCGAGAUCAUGUUUGAGGGCUUCAUGGUGCCGGCCAUGUACGUGGCCGUGCAGGCCACCCUGGCUCUCUAUGCCUCGGCGCGCACCACCGGCAUCGUCAUGGACAGCGGGGACGGCGUCACCCACACGGUGCCCAUUUACGAAGGGUACUGUUUGCCCCACGCCGUCUCCAGACUGGAUAUUGCUGGCCGGGACAUCACCGAGUACUUCAUGAGGCUCCUCCUGGAGAGCGGGCACUCUUUCGUCAGCACGGCCGAGAGGGAAAUCGUGAGGGACAUCAAGGAGAAGUUGUGCUACGUGGCCCUAGACCCCAGCCAGGAGAUGAAAGCAAAGCCAGAGGAGAUCAUGAAGGAGUACAGGCUGCCCGAUGGCAACGUCAUUAAGAUAGGCAAUCAGCUCUUCCGGGCCCCCGAGACCCUCUUCAUGCCUGCAAACAUUGGAGUUGAGGCCCCCGGCGUGCACAGGAUGAUCUUCAACAGUGUCAUGAAGUGCGACAUCGAUGUGCGCAGGAAUCUUUAUGGCAACAUCCUGCUCUCGGGUGGGUCCACCCUCUUCCCCGGCCUGGAUGAGCGGAUCCUGAAGGAGAUGCAGCUGCAGGUGCCUCCUGGCAUGGCCGUGCGGAUCAUUGCCCCCCCGGAGAGGAAGUACUGCGUGUGGAUUGGGGCCUCCAUCCUCACCUGCCUGACGUCCUUCAAGCAAAUGUGGGUCACGGUGAAUGAUUACAAGGACUUCGGGGCGGCCGUAGUGCACCGGAAAUGCUUUUAG